CAACAAUUAUCAAAGUAUACAGUGUCAACAACAAAAAAGUCCAUGGAUUUCUUGGGAAGUUUAAAGGCAUCGCACAAUUAUCAUUAUCGAUGAAGAGAUAAAUUACAAGAUUUAGAUAUUGAUUAAUGACAAUUGAAAUUAGUUUAUGUCAAAUACUUUUAUUAUAAUGGCAUUGCCUAAUGCUUUAUCUGAAAUAUUCCAGUGCAUUGAUCAAAAACAGGAUGAAUUUAUAGAACGAUUCAACGAAGCAAUAUCAGUGAGCGCGAAUGCUGAAAAAUCACAAGAUACUACAGGAGUAAUCGAAUGGGUUGAUAAGUUAUUGAAAUCUCUUGGUUUCUUCACAGAAUUAAAAAACGUGGAAGUUGUUAAAUUGGACGGUGCUAUUCACUCAACUAGUGUGAUUUUUGGAAGUUCGGCGGCAGGACAUUGCCCCAAUAAAUCCACAAUUCUGAUUUACUGUCACUUUGGAUUCACAGGAAUUCAAAAAGAAGAUGAAUUGGGAAAUCACUUGCAAAAUAAUAAUUUUUACGGAAAUGGUAUUUUGGAUUUAAGCUCGAUAAUUGCUUGGCUGAAUACCAUCGAAGUCUUUGAAACAUCGAAAAUUGAUAAGCCUGUAAAUAUUAAGUUUAUAAUUUCCCCCAAAGAAACAGAAUCAAACACAGGAUUGAGCAAUCUUCUCAUUUCUGAGAAAGAUUGUUUUUUAGAAUCAAAAGAAUGCCCCCCAGGAGAAAGGAAUAUGGCUGUUAUGAAGAAGUGAUUUCCGAAGUUGAAGCCUAAUUCGAAAGCAAAAACGCAUCUUUCUACAGAAAAGAUAUGAAGAAGUUAGAGGACAAAAAAAU